GGGGCUGCGGCCGGCGGGGGGAGCCCAGCUGCCGGGCUGGGGGCCCCGCGGCGCCCUGUGCGCGGCCCCGGCCCGGUGCGCGGCCCCGCCGGGCCCGCCCCGCCGCUGAUGUCAGCCGCCGGCCCCGCCGCCGCCGCAGUGACAGCUACGCCCGGGCCGCGCCGCGACGCGCCUGCAGCUGCAGCCGGAGCGGGAGCGGGGGGGGGGCGCCAUGGCCGACGACUUCGGCUUCUUCUCCUCGUCCGAGGGCGCCGCCGCCGAGGAGGACCCGGCCGCCGCCUUCUUGGCCCAGCAGGAGAGCGAGAUCGCGGGCAUCGAGAACGACGAGGGCUUCGGGCCGACCGACGGCGAGGCGGCCCCAGCCUCGGCCCCGCCGGAACCGGCUGGUUUCCAGAACGGAGGAGCCACUAUCAAUGGAGACGUCUUUCAGGAGUCCAACGGCCCCACGGAUGCUUACGCAGCCAUAGCCAAGGCUGACCGGCUGACCCAGGAGCCUGAGAGCAUCCGCAAGUGGAGGGAGGAACAGAAGAAGCGGCUGGAGGAGCUGGAUGCGGCAUCGAAGGUGACUGAGCAGGAAUGGCGCGAGAAGGCCAAGAAGGACCUGGAGGAGUGGAACCUGCGUCAGAACGAGCAGAUGGAGAAAAACCGUGCGAACAACAGGAUCGCUGACAAAGCCUUUUACCAGCAGCCGGACGCCGAUGUGAUUGGCUAUGUGGCCUCGGAGGAAGCAUUCCUGAAGGAGUCCAAGGAGGAAGCCCCAGGCUCUGAGUGGGAGAAGGUGGCCCAGCUCUGUGAUUUCAACCCCAAGAGCAGCAAGCAGAGCAAGGAUGUCUCGCGGAUGCGCUCAGUGCUCAUCUCCCUCAAACAGACGCCCCUGUCCCGCUAGCUGCCGCCUGGCACAGCCAAAAGCACGGCCAGGCUCGCCGGGACCGGUGGCUUCAUGGGGCCAGCCCAUGAGGGGUCCUCGCCCUGCCUGCCCCUCUGCUCCCUGGUGUGCACCUCGGCUGUGCUUGAGUCUCCAGUUGUAACUCUCCUCGUGGUUUUCCUUUGCUUUAAAGGUGCAUUGGUCUCUUUUUACACUUA